GGCGUUUGGGUAUAUAAGCUUGCAGGUUUGAUGUGAAGUGGUAGCUGGAAACGGUUGGGUUGUCCUACAUUCGAGCUUCUUAGACGGUCACCACCAAAGAAACCACAAAAAUGUGCGACGAUGAAGAGACUACCGCCUUGGUGUGCGACAAUGGUUCUGGACUUGUGAAAGCUGGCUUCGCCGGUGAUGACGCUCCCAGAGCCGUCUUCCCAUCUAUUGUGGGCCGUCCUCGUCACCAGGGUGUGAUGGUGGGUAUGGGUCAGAAAGACUCAUAUGUAGGAGAUGAAGCUCAGAGCAAGAGGGGUAUCUUGACCCUGAAGUACCCAAUUGAACAUGGCAUCAUCACCAACUGGGACGAUAUGGAGAAGAUCUGGCAUCAUACCUUCUACAAUGAGCUGCGUGUGGCCCCAGAGGAACACCCAACCCUGCUGACUGAGGCUCCCCUCAACCCCAAGGCUAACCGUGAAAAGAUGACCCAGAUCAUGUUUGAGACCUUCAACGUACCAGCCAUGUAUGUGGCCAUCCAGGCUGUCCUGUCCCUGUACGCCUCUGGUCGUACCACUGGUAUUGUGCUUGACUCUGGUGACGGUGUUACCCACAACGUACCCAUCUAUGAAGGUUAUGCCCUGCCCCAUGCCAUCAUGCGUCUUGAUCUGGCUGGUCGCGAUCUGACUGAUUAUCUCAUGAAGAUCCUGACUGAGCGUGGCUAUUCCUUCGUCACAACCGCUGAGCGUGAAAUCGUGCGUGACAUCAAGGAGAAGCUGUGCUAUGUGGCUCUGGACUUUGAGAAUGAGAUGGCAACAGCUGCUUCUUCCUCUUCCCUGGAGAAGAGCUACGAGCUUCCCGAUGGUCAGGUCAUCACCAUUGGUAACGAGCGUUUCCGCUGCCCCGAGACCCUCUUCCAGCCAUCCUUCAUUGGUAUGGAAUCUGCUGGUAUUCAUGAGACUGCCUACAACAGCAUCAUGAAGUGCGACAUUGACAUCAGGAAGGACCUGUACGCCAACAAUGUCCUGUCUGGUGGCACCACCAUGUACCCUGGUAUUGCUGACCGUAUGCAGAAAGAGAUUACUGCUCUGGCUCCCAGCACAAUGAAAAUCAAGAUCAUUGCCCCACCUGAGCGUAAGUACUCUGUCUGGAUUGGUGGCUCUAUCCUGGCUUCCCUGUCCACCUUCCAGCAGAUGUGGAUCACCAAACAGGAAUACGAUGAAGCAGGUCCCUCCAUCGUCCACCGCAAAUGCUUCUAAACCAGUUUCCAUUGCCUGUAUCCAAUACUUGCUCAGGAUCCCUUCAUAGCAGAGCACAUUGCUGUCAUAGGCCAGCUGUGUAUAAAUUCAAUUUUGUAACAAUUUUUGUUACUCUAAAUGCUGCAAAAAUGCCAUGUUAAACAACAUGUGAAUGUAAAAUGUACAUAAAUAUUAAUUUAUUAAAGUCCACUGUUUGUUAUUUUUGAGAACACUGCCUGUUUACAGAAAUCAAAAUUUCUGUUUCUCAUGACCUGGUUACAAAGUAUUUCACCAUCCCAUUGUUGUCUAAUAUUUACAUCAGAAGAUAACAAAAAUAAAUACAUUUUGCAAACAUUUUCAAA